GUCACAUUCACGCAUGCAAACCGCGAGAUUGUAUUAGUGACUAAUCAAAGGCCGUUCGCGAAAAUGGCCGAUGGACGCGAGUCACGGUCGUUUUCCACCAAGAGCCUGUACGAUUUGUGCGUGACGGUGGUGGCGGGGAAGUUUAACAGUUACAAGCCGCAUCUCGUCGACCUGCCGAAAAACGUGCGGUUCGAUCUCUACUAUCAGCUGUUCAAAGAGAGGAAAUUAUGUCAACUGGGAACGGAAUUGAGCGAUCUGGAGACUUUCUCCAAGAUGCUCAAGGUCACCAAUCGUCGAAUACACCUUCUGCAAAUCUUUCAGGCUCCAAUGUAUCACGGUAUAAGGGUAGGAAAGAAUUUGGCCAUUGAUUACAACGUGCACUGUCUUGAAGCAAGGGAGAAUCCUGCUGCACAAGAUAAGAUUAUAAAUCUAGGUUUGAGACUUGGUGGAUUUCUCAGCGAUGCUGGUUGGUAUCCAGAAAGUGAAGAAGUACUGUUGGCUUGCAAGGAAUUGUGUAUCACCAACAAUCAUACUCCUGAAGAUUGGUGUAGAACAUUAGAUUGUUGUCACAAACUGUUACAUGCGCAAGCAGCGUACUGUACUUUUGUUGGAGCUGCGGAUACUCACCAACUUGCCAUAGAAAUGAUAGAACAAUUAAAAAAAGCACAGUAUAAUAACAGUAAUCACGCUGCACUUUUUGCAGAAUUCAGUGUAUUAUUCUUCAUACGCAGUGAAUAUGAUCAAGCUUACAGGUGGAGUAUAGAAGCGUUAAAGCACUUGAAUCCGUCACUUCCCGCACGGGUCAUUAUUGAUGUUCUCAGACAAGCGGCGAAAUCGUGCGUAGUGAAACGCGAAUUUCAAAAGGCUGGUUUACUGAUCAGAGAAGCUGUAUAUCUCGCUAGAGAGAUAUUCGAUACGGAUCAUCCGAAAUAUAGCGACGUUCUCAUCGAUUAUGGAUUUUACUUAUUAAACUACGAUAGCAUCAUCAAUAGUGUAUCCGUCUACAAGACUGCGUUAGAUAUUAGAAGAGCGAUUUUUGGCAAGACUAAUCUUCAUGUUGCUUUGGCACACGAAGAUUUAGCUUAUGCUCUCUAUGUAUACGAAUAUAGUUCUGGCAAGUUUGAUGAAGCAAGUGAGCACGCUGGAAUAGCUAUAGAUAUUAUGGAGAAACUCUUACCUACUUAUCAUUUAAUGCUCGCGAGUGCUAAACGAGUGAAGGCGCUUAUCCUCGAAGAGAUCGCUAUAGAUAAUGCGUCAACGCCAUUGUCCGAACAAAACUUGUUACUCAAAUCCGAGUGUCUUCAUUUAUCCGCUUUACAUUUAGCCAAAACCGCAUUUGGCGAGAGAAAUGUACAAACGGCGAAGCAUUACGGGAACUUGGGACGCUUGUAUCAGAGUAUGAGAAAGUUCGAGGAAGCAGAAGCAAUGCAUCUGAAAGCGAUUCGCAUCAAAGAAGAGUUACUAGGUCCUGAAGACUAUGAAGUAGGUUUGAGCAUAGGACAUUUAGCUUCGUUAUAUAAUUUCCAUAUGAACCGGUACAAAGACGCCGAAAAGCUUUAUUAUCGUAGCAUCGCAAUCAGUUUAAAGUUAUUCGGAAAAAGUUACAGUGGCUUAGAAUAUGAUUAUCGAGGACUCUUACACGUGUAUAAUAAAUUAGAUGAAUACGAGAAAAUAUUGGAAUACACAGAUACGUUAAAUCAUUGGAAGGAACUUAGAGAUAAACACGCUCAAUCUGAAGAUCCGCCGAUCGAUGUACAGAAACGUCCACAGCCCAUCGCAAACAUAAUAAAUGUGUUCUUUUCUAUGUGAUAUAUCCAAUAAGUGUGUCUAAUUCAACAAAUUUUAUGUCAUUGUACAUCAUCGAGCAAAUUGUUGGUCUUUGUUGCGUUUACAAGACAUUGGGCCAAAGUAGAAAUUACAUAACUCACGUUAGAAAGAUUUAUAAAUCACUGAUCUGGUCGUACAAUUAAAUUAACUGUCUGUCUUGUGUCGAUAUUUUAUAAUACACAUGCAUAUAGUCGAUAUCGCAUUAAAACAGUUAUAUUAUCAA